AUGGGGAAUAUGUAUUUUCAUGUUGUCUCCUACGCCGAUGACGCCGUGUUGAUUUCUGACUCAGAAGAUGAUCUACAGAGAAUACUUCACGCUUUCAACCAGGAAGCCAAAUCAUUGAAUAUGCUCAUAAACACAACCAAAACAAAAUGUAUGGUAACAUCUAAAGAACCCAUAAGAUGUAAACUGGAGAUUGAUGGAAAGAUGGUGGAACAGGUGAGAGAGUUCACAUACUUAGGAGCAGACAUCACUAGCGACGGAGAUCUAAAGCGGGAAGUGAGAAAUCAGACAAUGAAAGCGUCGAGGAUAUCAGGUUUUCUUCAGGAUAUUGUAUGGCGCAAUAAAUAUCUUAACAUAAACAGCAAAGUUAGAAUAUAUAAGACAGCCAUCCGACCCAUCAUUACUUAUGCUGCGGAGACAAGACCAGAUACGGCAAGGACAACACAGAUAAUGAGUACGACAGAGAUGAGGAUAAUAAGGAGAAUACAUGGAAAGACUUUACUGGACAGGGUGAGAAACGAGGAACUAAGGGAACGAAGCGGGAUUCAAGACGUGGGAAAGUUUGUGAGGCAGAGGAGAAAAUACUGGAAUAAGCACAUAGAGAGAAUGUCGGACAACAGACUGGUGAAAGGAGCAAGGCAGAACAAACCCACGGGGAAGAGAACCCAGGGAAGACCACCGAAACGUUGA